AUGGCGAGCAACCGGAGCAUCGAGCUGGAGCACUUCGAGGAGCGGGACAAGCGGCAGCAGCGCUCCGGGCCGCGGCGCGGCGGCUCCGGGUCCGGCGGCGGCGCGGGGCCGAGGGGCAAUGGGCUGGUGCCCAGCCCGGCGCACAGCGCACACUGCAGCCUCUACCGGACCCGCACCCUGCAGGCGCUCAGCUCGGAGAAGAAGGCGCGCAAAGCCCGCUUCUACCGCAACGGGGACAGGUACUUCAAGGGCUUGGUGUACGCCAUCUCCCCCGACCGCUUCCGCUCCUUCGACGCCCUCCUGGUGGAGCUCACCCGCUCCCUGUCGGACAACGUGAACCUGCCCCAAGGGGUCCGCACCAUCUACACUAUCGAUGGCAGCCAGAAGCUCACCAGCCUGGACGAGCUGGUGGAAGGUGAAAGUUAUGUGUGUGCAUCCAAUGAACCAUAUCGCAAAGUUGAUUACACCAAGAACGUCAAUCCGAACUGGUGUGUGAACAUAAGGACUGGAUCCAGUCGAUCCUUGACAUCUUUGACAUCCACAAAGAGUGAAGUGAAGGAGAGUAAAGAUUUCAUUAAACCCAAAUUAGUGACUGUUAUUAGGAGUGGAGUAAAACCACGUAAAGCUGUGAGAAUUCUGCUGAAUAAGAAGACUGCUCACUCCUUUGAACAGGUCUUGAAUGACAUCACCGAAGCCAUUAAAUUAGACUCGGGUGUAGUCAAGAGACUUUGUACACUGGACGGAAAGCAGGUAACGUGCUUACAGGACUUUUUUGGAGAUGACGAUGUCUUCAUUGCGUGUGGGCCUGAGAAGUACCGGUAUGCUCAGGAUGACUUCGUGCUAGAUCACAGCGAAUGUCGUGUUAUGAAGUCCUCUUAUUCCCGAUCAUCUGGCAUGAGGCACGCUGCAUCCAAAAGUCCAGGACCUUCACGUCGAAGCAAAUCACCUGCCUCAGUAAAGAGGGGUGGCCACUACUCCAGUGCUCAUUCUUCAGCAAAAUCCCCAGUUAAUGGAACCCCAAGCAGUCAAUUAUCUACCCCAAAAUCUACAAAGUCCUCCAGUUCUUCACCAACAAGCCCAGGCAGCUUUCGUGGACUCAAGAUCUCUCCACAUGGUGGAUCUUCUUCCAAUGUGAAUGGUGUACCUGAAUCACUCCGUUGCCAGAGUCCUGAAGGCCUGAAUGGAAACAAGUUCUCAGGGUCAUCUACCAUUCUUGAGAAGUACAAAGUGGGGAAGGUGAUUGGUGAUGGCAAUUUUGCUGUUGUAAAGGAGUGUGUAGAACGAUCCACAGGAAAGGAGUUUGCCCUGAAGAUCAUAGACAAGGCUAAAUGCUGUGGGAAGGAGCACCUGAUUGAAAAUGAAGUGUCUAUUCUGCGUCGAGUGAAGCAUCCAAAUAUCAUUAUGCUUAUAGAGGAAAUGGACACCCCAACAGAACUCUAUCUGGUGAUGGAGCUGGUCAAGGGAGGAGAUCUAUUUGAUGCUAUCACUUCAUCUACAAAAUACACAGAGCGAGAUGGGAGUGCAAUGGUCUACAAUUUAGCCAGUGCUCUCAAAUACCUUCACGGUCUCAACAUUGUGCACAGAGACAUCAAGCCAGAAAAUCUUCUGGUAUGUGAAUAUUCAGAUGGAACCAAGUCUUUGAAGCUUGGAGACUUUGGACUGGCGACUGUGGUUGAAGGACCUUUAUAUACUGUCUGCGGUACACCCACCUACGUGGCUCCAGAAAUCAUUGCAGAGACAGGAUAUGGCUUAAAGGUGGAUAUUUGGGCUGCAGGUGUGAUCACAUACAUACUGUUAUGUGGAUUUCCACCUUUUCGCAGUGAAAACAACCUUCAGGAAGACCUCUUUGAUCAGAUACUUGUUGGGAAGCUGGAAUUUCCUUCUCCCUACUGGGAUAACAUCACUGAUUCAGCAAAGGAGUUAAUUAGCCUGAUGUUACACGUGAAUGCUGAGGCCCGAUAUACAGCAGCACAGAUCCUAAGCCAUCCCUGGGUGUCAGAUGAUGCUUCCCAGGAGAAUAAUAUGCAAGCUGAAGUAACAGGUAAACUGAAGCAGCACUUUAAUAACACCCUACCCAAGCAAAAUAACACAUCUGCUGGGGUUUCUGUCAUCAUGAACACAGCUCUAGAUAAAGAGAGUCAGAUUUUCUGCAGCAAGCGCUGUCAGGACUCUGGUAGAGCUGGAAUGGAGAAAAUUUCUGCAAUUGCUGCUGCAGCUGAUGAUCCUCGUGUGGCUGGGUCCGAGACCCUCUUCCCUGCUGCUUCUGAGCCACUCCGAUCCCCCACGCUGCCUGCCUCAGUAUCUCCUGAGCUUGCUGGGGAUCAGCCUGGUGCGUAGGACUGAUGAAAACAAAUCCAACUGAAGCUCCCCACACUCUGGCCACAGUUUCUCUUCAUUUCCCAUGACUGUUUUUGGUUUGUGUGCUCCUCUCGUGGCGAGCCCCUGCCAGGCUCUGAUCUUCUUUCUCAUAGUGAGCGAGUGACCGUACGCUUUGAGUGCUCUUUGCCCUUGUCUUCAGAACAGCAGUAGGGGAAAGACUCUGGCAAAUGUUAGAUGAUUUUUAAGUUAUCUGUGUUAGUAAUUAACUCCAUUUCACACAGCCUUGGGCUCUAAAUAGACUUACUUAUGGUGUAGCUAACCAUAUUUUUAUAUGAGCAGUGAGAUGAUGAACAGUGACCAGGCCUCCCCUCUACAAGCAGGCCCCGUUCUGUUCUUCUCAUGAGAAUUCUCAGAAAAGUGGGAGGGGAAGACAAGGGAUGAAAACUUCUAUUUGCCUUCUAUUCCAAUGCCUCUAUUUUUAGCCAAGUUUCUACUAAACUUGAAGAGGCAAAUUUUCAUGAAAAAUUUUUUAGUGGACUAACUGUAAAAUAUCAUGAAACAAACACUGGAGAUAGAGAGGGAAGGAUGGUUGUUUUCCAUCAAGUUUGCUAUCUAACUUGCAGGCAGGGUAGUGUUUAGAUAAAAUGAAUUUAAAUAAAGUGACUUGGGAUGUAAACAUGAGCACUGGACAUUUAUUUGUAAUGAAGACUGGAGUGAAGGAAACUUUUUUGUUUUAGCCAUUUUCUAUCUUAACUGCAAGUGUCCCAUCCACACCUUUCUCCAGGGUCAGACUACCUAUUAGGUAAAAUAAAAUUAUGUUGGACCUGUGAAGGGAAAGCCUGCUGCAUGUGAUCCAAGCUACGAUGAACAAAGCAGCUCCCACUUCUAGGAUGAGCUGAUAGAGGAGCUGCCAUCAAUAGCCAUCAAAGGUUGUCAGUGCUAUCCCCCUGUUCACCUGGUGCAGGCACUGGAAACAAGGAUUGGGGAGCAGCUAUCCUGAAUCUGCAGUCACAAAAUAGAUGAGGUUUUAUCUUUACCAUAAUGCUUAGUUCAGUAUAGUAUGUAUCAGCUUAAUUCUUUUCCUUUGCUCGUUCUUAUGAAUUGGUCAUAGUUCAUUUUCUCUCUUAGCUAUACUUUCUACUAGAAUUGUAAAAGAAAGACCUGCAAUAAACUUUCUUCAUUAAAAAAAAAAAGAUAAAAA